ACAAGGGGACAUCAGCAACGCGCUCGUGUUUUGAUGUCAUGCGUGUGAAAGAUGUGAAGUGCAGCCUCUGUAGUGAGGUUAGCAGAAAGCCUGCAAAGAGCGCAAUAGGUACCUCAGCCUUGAAGGGAUCCUUUUCAUUUAGAAUCCGUGUCUUCUCUUAAGUAAUUGAUCACCGUGCACCCGGGGACACCCAAUUCACAGCCGAGUGGGAUCAGCCUUCAUGAAUAAUCAAAACGCCGUGGCCAUGCUGCUGCAGGAGUGCAAGCAAGCUCUGGACGCGCUCCUGUCAGCAAAGGCUGACACGGGCGAGGAAGACGAGCGAGAAUACCAGCGGUGCCAAGCUUUGCUUCCCAAGGACUUGAGAACCCUUCUGGAGGAGGCAAAGGAAAUGAAGUGGCCCUUUGUACCGGAGAAGUGGCAAUACAAACAAGACCUUGGCCCAGAAGACAAAACAAACCUGCAAGAUAUGAUCAGCGCGAGGCUCCCGGAUUUGCUGGUUUAUUUGAAAGCCUCCAUCAUGGUCAAGGACUGCGUAACGGCAACUGCUAUUGUGUUCCUGAUUGACCGGUUCCUGUAUUGGAUUGAUGCCUCCAGCAAACUUCUUCGGAUUGCCAAGGGUCUGCACAGGCUGCAGCCCACCACGCCAAUCGGUCCUCAGGUGCUCAUCCGCCAGGCUCGUCUCUCCGUCAACACAGGUAAACUUUUAAAAGCUGAGUAUAUCCUAAGCAGCCUUAUUAGUGACAAUGGAGCAACAGGUACCUGGCGAUAUGCUAAGGAAAGCGAUAGGAUUCUCGUUCAGUCAGUUUGCUUGCAAAUCAGAGGACAGAUUCUGCAAAAGCUUGGGAUGUGGUAUGAGGCAGCAGAGUUGAUUUGGGCUUCAGUUGUGGGAUAUUUCAAACUUCCUCAACCAGAUAAAAAGGGAAUUGCUACUUCCUUGGGUAUUAUGGCAGACAUCUUUGCUUCUAUGAACGAGAAGGAUUACAUACGUUUUAAAACCAAUGCUGAGAUUGACCUGAACCUUCUCCGAGAGUUCAGUCAUCGCUUAUUAUCAGCUGCUGAGGCCUGCAAACUAGCAGCAGCCUACAGCCAGUACACCCCGUUGUUUGUCCUCACAGCAGUGAACAUCCGUGGGGUGUGUUUGCUGUCCUAUAGUCACUCCGAGGACUGUCCCCCAGAAAAGAGAAAGUUCUACUUGUCCGAAGCCAAAGAAUCCUUUGAGAUCGGCCUCCUCACCAAGAACAAUAAGAGUCCCGUCACCAGCAAGCAGGAGCUCCACAGUUUUAUUAAAGCUGCUUUCUGCCUCACAACCGUGCAUCGAUGGCUCUAUGGGGAGAGUGAGAAACUCCAUGAGGUGAGUCAACUAUGUAGAGAAGCCAUGGGAAAACUGCAUUCAUACAGCACUUCAUUUACAGAAGAGGAGGAGAAAGGAAUGCUUGCCAAAGAGAUCAUGUCUCUGAUCACAUCCGUGAAGAAGCGCCUGCAAGUGGAAAGCUUCCCUAAUUCUGAUGCCAGGUCUUAUGUUCCAGACAGUUAUAAAGGCAUAGUAGAAAAACCUAUCCUGCAAGGGGAAGCCAACUUUGAGAAAAUCCUUGCCAUGCAUUCUCAGCAUCAUCUGUCAGUGUGUCAAGUGUUUGAAAAUACUUGCAGGAUUCAUAAAACCACACCAGGAGAAACCCAAGUGGGAGCUUGUAUCACAACCUUAAGAACAGAAACCAAAAACAUAGACACUGUGUGUACUACUGAAGAAAUAGUGUACCAGAGGAAAGGCGCUGCGAAAAUGCUGACUUCACCAAAAGCAGGGAGUGGCUCAGAGAGUCUCAGUGGCCAGAGAAAUAAAUACAUUGGCUCUGAUGUGAUGAAAAUUUCCUUCAAUGAAGAAAUUGAGCCAUUAGAAACAGAAACAAAUGAUGAAAGCGGAGUUUUUGGCAGAUGGCAAAACAGGAGUCAGACCACUACUUCAGACAGCUCUUGGUGCAAGCUGUCAAAAUCAAGUUACUCAUCCAGCUGGGAGGAACUAAACUCUAAUAGCUGCAAAGGGUGUCCCAGGGAAGAGCAGCAGCAGGAAAAGGGCUCAGCGGAGGAGCAAUGUUGCACAACAGAAUCUGAUGAAAAUGGUCAAGCUGCAUACUUGCGCUCAUUGCUUCCCAGAGCCUGGCAUCCUUCUCCUCGAGAGCCUGGACGUAGCUGUCGGAGAUCUCCUCAGCCUUCCUUAGAGGCAGAUGCACCUCUAGCUGGGAGGCCGGUAGAGAAGGUGUCUCUUUGCAGAGAAGAGCUGCAGCAGGGAAGACACCGUGGAAAGAGCUCUUCAGAAAAGAAAGCAGGGGAGGCGAACAACAUGGUUCCUUCCUUCUCCACCCCUUACUCUGUUCCUACCAGGCUGGAGGAGGAGGAGGAGGAGAAGUCUUCCUCCCGGGCAGAGCUGGGCUGCAGGACCAAGGACAGUGGCAGGGAGGGCAGCGGUGGCCCCCCGGCGUCCCGGCGCCAGAGCCAGGUUGCGUGGGUCCAGCCAGGAGGAGAAACUGCAGAUAGCACAGAGGAUCCAUCCUUUGAGGCACAUCCCCCCACAAAUGGGGCUGCUUCUGUACUAUCAACGAGCAUUGAGCCGAAAAUGGCCAGCGACUCCUCUGCGUGUGACCGGCUGAGGAAAUCUGCUGUGGUGGGAAACGGAUCUCUCAAAGUGCCUGAAGUUGCCGCCCAAGGAGAAACAAUAGAUGACACUGAAUUUGAACUCAUCAGUAUUGGAGACUUAGUAAACAAUAAUCCUACGGCAUCUGUUCCAAAGCAUCAGUCGACUCCCAGUGCACCAACAGCUUUCCCGCUGGGUGGAAAGAUACCCACAACCAAGCACUUUGAUUGUGCCACUACUGAAGAAGAGGAAGAAAAGUCUCAGGACAUGGUGAGCAGCAAGAGACAAUCCAGUUCAUCUCUGAGUUCAUGGUACAAAUCAGCACAGAUGCCCAAGAGUUCCCCUGAAGGUCCAUUUCUGAACCCAAGGGGAAGUGGUUUUGUCUUCAUGCCUGGGAGAACGAAGGAAGAAAUCCUUGACGCUCGAUUUCUGAGGGACGAUGAUUACAUGCAGCUUCUGGCAGGAGUAGAACAUAAUUGGCUUGUCCAGAGACUGAUGCCUACUGGAAUUUUUAAGUCUAAACAGCUUCGUAAUGCAUACUCUGCUCUUCUAUUAAAAUACUCAAAGAAAUCAGGCCUCUGGACAGGCCAAGAAACGGCUGUAUUCAUUGGGGACUACCUGAACGUGGCAAAGGAAGGCAAACAGAGAAAUGCAUUUUGGAUACACUUCCUGCACCAAGAAGAAAGCCUGGGAAGGUAUGUUGGGAAAGAAUAUAAAGAAGAAAAAGGACUUCUUCAUCAUUUCAGUGAUGUGGAACGGCAAAUGACUGCCCAGUACUACGUGACGGAAUUCAACAAAAGGCUGUAUGAGCAAAAGGUCCCUACCCAAAUCUUUUAUAUCCCAUCUGCAGUACUCCUGAUACUGGAAGACAGAACUAUAAAAGGAUGUGUGAGUGUGGAGCCCUACAUCCUUGGGGAGUUUGUGAAGCUGUCCAAUAACACGAAGGUAGUGAAGAAUGAGUACAAAGCCACAGAGUACGGUCUGGCCUACGGCCAUUUCUCCUAUGAGUUCUCCAACGGAACAGACGUCGUUGUUGAUCUGCAAGGUUGGGUGACAGGUAACGGGAAAGGCCUCAUCUACCUCACAGACCCCCAGAUUCAUUCUCUUAAUAACAAAGAUGUUUCACACUCCAACUUCGGUAAGAAAGGAAUUUAUUACUUCUUUAAUAAUCAACAUGUGGAGUGCAAUGAUAUCUGUCGCUGCCUUUCUUUAACAAGACCCUCAGUAGAGCUGCCUAUGUAGACUUGCACAAGACAGUCAUGCAAAGAAUGACCCAUAAGCUGGACAGUAACUUUACACUACACACCUUUAGGAGCAUAUUGUCUUUGUGAGAGCCGCUGAGCUGCUGAAACAAUACCCACGUGAGUCGGGUCAGUCGUUACCUGCACGAGUUCGGCAAGUUCUGGUCUUUGCGUCCAGGCUGGUAAUACCAUGUUACCAUCUUGUGUACCGUCUGAACCUCAUCUUGUUACAACCAUCUGUAAGAAUUAACAGCACAACAUAAGAAGAGUAAGAAGACAGCCUCCCAAAUUCAGCUAGAGGUGUACCACAAGACUGUAUAAACUUCUAAUCCAUUCAGACCCAAUAAGGGCAAUGGGCACCAUCUGCUCUUUGGAAAUGAAAUGUGAAAUAGAGUGAGACAGAAGCAGAGAGUUGUAUUUCAGCCAUCUGUAAAAUUUUCUAAAACUUGUAUAAAUGCUUCAGGGAACAAAUGGUAAUGUUUUGAUUUGCUUAAAAAGUAACAAAGUUUUUUUCAGAGGUGUGUAUGUGCAUACGCGACCACACAAUAUCUAAACAGAUGGAAAUAUGGUUUUGCCUGUAACAGCCAAGAGAGCUCUGCAAGGAAAAAAUAGUGUUCUUGAACCAAGAUUUGCUUUACAUGAAUAAUUGAGGACUGCUGCACUUGACAAACUCUCAGAAGACUUUCCCAAGAGAAGAACAGUUCUAACUUAAGGACGGCACAUCUCUUCUGCCUGUAAUGAAACUGUGAGCACCGCAGAUGUGGUGACCAAUUCCGUAACUAAUUCCCACAGAUGAUCUCACUGGACAUGAGUGUAGCCGCUUGUACAAAGGAGCGGUUCUGGGGGGAGUCUAGCAUCUGAUAAGCACAGAGUAAGCAGCCUCAGUGCCAGUUUUGGUUCCAACUAGGCAGGCAAAGCACACCCUCCCUUUGAGCCUCUCUCACCAGCCUCACAGACCUGUGAGGUGGAAGGCGUUUGGGAAUGAGAGGCGCCUUCCUCAGCCGGGUCCCUGACAGAAGCAGACAGAAGGAGGCUUGCAGUUUGCUGCCAGCAGCAAGGAUGAUGCGUCCGAUGGGUUGUGCCUCAGUGCUGGUGGAGGUACAGCCUGCAGAGCUGCCAACCUGCUGCUUUUCUGGCACAUCCCAGAGAAUACAUUUACGAAAGUAAAACAGACGUCCGAUAAUACUUAAGUGAUAUAUUAACACCCUGCCUCUACCAACAACCCACACCUAGACCCUGCUCCUCGCACCCCACUCCACUCGUACAGGCAAAGACUAAACUUGUACCUACACGAUGCGGGGGUUUCUUGACAACUCCGCCUGUGCUAGGAACACGCUUUACUAUCACACAUGCAAAGAGCUGCAACUUAGGUCUUUAACUCCAACGUUUCAGCAGUAUUUUUGUUAUUGUUUGUGGUUGUUAUUGAGCAUAUUCAGAGAGCCUCUGAUUUUUAACACCAGGACUGAACAGCCCGUGGCAUGUACGCUGGCCACAUGCUUCAGUAGCGCCUGCCUGGGUUAGAGGCAGCUGCAGCCUUUUACUUUUUAUGAAACAAUCUUUUGUGGGGUUUUUGUUGUUGUUGUUUGGGUUUUUUUAAACUAAAGCUUGCAAUUAAUUCAUGUGACCUCCUUGGACACCUACAGCAAUUCACAUACUCAUAAGCGCUCACACACCUCCAAGAGACCCAACUGCUAGAGUUAUUCUGUCACAGCAAAUUUCAGAAGCAUGUAGAGGAAAGCAGCGCCCUCCCAACUUCAUGAAUUCUAGCUGAACAGCUGAAAUCUUUUUUUCUUUUUCUCCUGCACAGGCUGGUUAGCUGAAAAGAGUCAAACCUGCUGGCAUGAUCAGAUAAUGUAUACAUGCGCUGUAAAGAAAACAGCCGUAAAAAACGGGAUGGAAGCUCCUCACACAAAACGCUGCACCCCUUCAAUGCUGAAUUAAGCCAACUGGAGUGUCUGGUUGAAAAAACAAAACAAACCAAAAAACUAUUGGCAGUAUUACCCAAAUUCAGGCUAUGAUGAAACAAGCAUUUUCAAAUCAAGUAGGCUGACUAAUGCAUUUUAGUUCUAAAAAGUUCAGCUGUCCGUUUUACAUCUACUGCGGACAGACUUUUGAUGAGUUACCUGGCCAGGAUGAGUGGGCUUCAACCUUCAUUUCCAAUGGGCGAUUAACCUGCAUGGGCUUCCAGGAGGAUGCUUGUUUCAGCCUCUGUCAGGGAUGCAUUGCAAAUUUUGAUUAAAAGCAGAGGGCGUAUCUUUGCAUCUACAGCUUGCAGCUGAUUUUCUGUUCCACAGGAGAAGGAGAGUGAUCUUAUAUUCUUCCAGCACAUCUUUCCUGGUGUUACUAGCCUAACUGGCAGGCAGAAAAGCUACUUCUGGGAAAGUUGAAGCAACAGUUAUACCUAUUCCCCUCAACGGUGCCACAUACUACUGGAAUAAGACACAGGACUGGAGCUAACGUUUGUUGCUGCCUCUCCAGCCAAAAGAAACUACGAUGAAACCUAGAUUUUACUCUUGCAAGACCAUGCCAGCACCUCCAGAGUAUGUGUGUGCGCACACAUAUGCAUGUGCACUCCCACGUGUGUUACAGGGCUUUUCAUUUGAAAAAUGGUAGGUAGCUUUCCCGCUCCAUCAGCAGUGAAAAGCUGCCUUCAUUUCAAAUUCUCCUCUUCUCCUCCACAGCCUUGAUGUCCCACUGCCCCCGAGCUGAAAGGCUGGGAUCGUUUCUUUGGGAAGAUUUUCCUGAUGAGAAAGGGAACACAGCAUCAAACUUCCAUGAAAAGAUGGGUCGCCAACAGAGAGUUAGCUUUAACAAAACCAUCCGCUUUUGUUUCUGCAGCCAGCAGAGAUUUUGAGGCUUUUGUUCCCACUUUUUAGCAAUGCUAUUGUUUUCUAGGUGAUGUUUGUGCCGAGUUGUUUGGAAAGAUGCCCCAUCACUGCACUGACCGAUUAGAACUAGGUGUAAAGAGGGAGAAGCAAGAGAAGAAAAAAAAAAAAUUAAAUCUCUUUAUUAUGGUGCAUAAACCUUCAGUGUUGGGGAGCUGGGCAGCUGCGCAGGAAGAAAAAUGCAUUCAAAAAUAUAAUGCUAGUGUGAAUAAUCCUUUCUCGAAUGCUGCUUGCAGACUGCUUCAGCUUUGUCAGGUGAACUUGAACUGGGCCAUCAGAUUUGCUGCCGUUCCCAUUGCACACUGUCUAUCACCCCGGGGCAUUCACCAUCUUGACUGUUGUUAAAAGCGAGCAAACAAUCCAUCAUUGAGCCCGGGAGUCACUCGCUCAUAGAAAAGUAAAAUCGGCAUGUGACGGUACACUCGGCCCCAGUGUUUCGCAGAUUAAAGUGAUACAUGAAAACUCACGUGUUACUGGGAAGAUUAAGUCCGUUAUCUCGUUCUGCAGCCAAUAAAGGACGGCCUUGUCUGCAGCAGUAGGGAAAUGCUGGCUUUAACCAAGUGACAAACGCUGCGCAUACAUAGCUUCGUGCUCCGGCAAAAGAGAGCGCCGAGCUCUAAAGAGGAAACAAAGCUAGUUAGCAAGAUCUCGGGGAAUUAAUAGGCAGCAGAGAUGCUGUGUUAAAGCCUCUCUGCAGAGGCUUUCCCUUCUCUAUAGAGACAAUUAAAAGCAAAACAAAACCUCCCAGACAAUCUCUGCAGAACAAAGUGUCCUAAUACGCUGCCAACAGCCGGCCCCGCGAUGUCUGCUGUAAUAGCACAUGCAGUUUUGAGACCCCUGAAAAGUAAUGCCUUUUCCAGCUUAUGCCUCUUGUUCAAAGAAAGAAAAAAAGAACACAUUUAGAUAUGCUCCUGAAUAGAUCGAUCUGUGGGAAAUGUUAAUAUUUUGAUUUCUUCCUGACAUUUGCAUUUAGCAGCUGAUUUCUUUCGUCAGUUUGUAGCACACAUUUUACCAUCUCAGCCAAAGUUACAGCUACUCACAGUUAAAAGUUAGUAUUGAGUAUCAGCUUGUCCAGUUCCCUGUUAAAACAGACAUCAUCGUAUUUAACUCUGCAGCUUCUACUGGUCUUACUCUUUACAGGCUUGGGCACAAAUUCAGAGGUAUCAGUCCUUCACAUAUGCAGGCACUCUGUCUUCAUCCAGGGCUUGGAUACUGGAAAUCCUGGACUAAUGUCCUCUGUAACCUUGUCGCCUGAAGAACUUAGGCACACACAUGGCCCAGAACACACAGAACUUAAAUUAUUGUUUCAUAUUUGUGGUAUAAAUAGGUCAUUAUUGGGGGAAGUAAAUAGUUGACUUAGA